AUGAAAAAAGUGGGAGUUGUCCUGUUCAUCCUUCUAAUCAAAGAAAUAAUCUCGUUGAAAAUAUGUUCGAGGAGAAAAUACCCUAACGUGGAAAACGGGGUGUACCAGCUGGACAACCGAGGGAGGCCGAUCAAAAUUGUGGAUGUGAAUUACAACCAUGUGUGGGAACUACCAAAGGGGGGAAGUGUUAAUUCUUACACGGUUGUUAAAAAAAAUGGAAAGGUUAAAAAGUUUAGCGAAGGAACAAACAUAAUUUAUGGAACUACAAAAAAGGUUAACUGGGGACGGGGCGGUGAAGAGGAAGAGGAGGAGAUUGAUGAUGAAAAUAAAAUAAAAAAAGAAAUUGCGAAGAGGAAAAAAUUGAACAAUAUAAAAAAUGUGUCUAAUGUAGCUAAAAAUGAGAAAGAUGUGGAACAAAAAAAAAAAAAAAAACUGGAAGUGCCUCGUGCUAUGCAUAUAACAGCGGAAGAUGUCCCGGAGGAAGAAGAGGCGAACGAAGAAGAGGGAUAUGGCAGGAUAGCAAAGGAAUUAGGAGCUAAGAUAAAGGAAAAUUUGGAGAGUCACUACGAGGAAAGCAAAGCCCCAUCUUCCUUAAGUGCCGAUUUGUUAGAUGUUAAAAUUCCCACAAGUUUGGAAAAGUUGUUAAUGGACGAUUUGGAAGAGGGGAAAUGGCUCUCUAAAAAUCCCGUUCACGAUAAAAUAUGUUUGCGGGACUACUCCAAACAGUGUCCUUCUCUAUGGGAGAAAGUAUCCGAAACACAGUGCAUCUCUCCCAAGGACUACGCGGGGCCCUGCUCGCACCUGAUGACUUUUGAACCCAUGAGCGCAAAGGAGAAAAGUCUCAUAGGAAUGGACUGUAAAGUGAAUUGGCUGUGCCUUAAUGAGUUGUGCGGGAAUAGCGGACGGGAUUACUCAAAGGACUGUCCAGAAAAUUGGACUUACACGGGAAAGUGCGAGGCGCCAGAAAACUACUCCGGAGGAUGCAACAAGACAAUGGAUUUUGGGGCCUUCACAAAAAAGGAGAAGGAGGAGUUUUCUUCCGGUACUUUCAAGAUUCUAUAA